AUGCACCUGGUGUGGUGCCGCGGCCGCCUCAAACUGCUGCUGGCCUCCAUCACCGCUCUGGGCCUUCUCACCUGGCUCUAUCUGCUGGCUGGCACGCUGGACGGUGGUCGUACUCUGCUGGUCCCGCCCUGCCUCAGUCUAAGCCCCGCCCCCCAGCCGGACCGGGCCGCUCUGGAGUCUCGUGUGCGACAGGUGGAGGAGGAGAACCGAGUGAUCCGCCUCCAGCUCAGCCAAUCACAGGCCUCCGCUCAGAAGCUCAGCCAAUCACAGGCCUCCGCUCAGCUGACGGGGGACGGAGCCCUGCAGUGGGGGGCCUCUGCCGACACGGGACCCGAGGACACGGACACCACCGAGGACCGCAACAACACCAACUGUCCCAAAGCGCCCCCUGUGGGCAAGUGCGAGCUGAUCCAUGUGGCCUGUGUCUGCGCUGGACACAACGCCAGCAGAGACGUGGUCACUCUGGUCAAGUCCGUCCUGUUUCAUAGAGCUGUUGUGCCCAUCAGACCUCCCACAGGCUGA